AUGACCAUCACAUUCACCGUAUUCAAGGGCUCGAAGGAGGGAGCCAUCAAGGAAGUCAAGACUCAGCGCGAUGAUCUGAAGAGAGACGAUGUGCUGGUUCGUGUGACACACUCAGGUGUCUGCGGAACGGACCUUCACUACAAGGGCGCCGAUAUGGGCCUUGGACACGAAGGAACUGGUGUGGUGGAAGCAGUUGGUCCUGAUGCCCAUAUUUUGAAGAAAGGCGAUCGCGUGGGAUGGGGCUAUGAGCACGACUGCUGUGGUCACUGCCGAUCGUGUCUGACUGGUUGGGAAACCAUGUGCAGGGAGCGUAAGAUGUACGGAGGCGCCGAUCUGGACCAAGGCUCGUUUGCCAGCCAUGGCGUGUGGCGCGAAGCUUUCUUGUUCAAGGUCCCCGAGAGCUUGAGCAGCGAGGACGCAGGUCCCUUGAUGUGUGGUGGAUCCACCGUCUUCAAUGCCCUUCACGUCGCCGGCGUUCGGCCAACAGCUCGCGUUGGUAUUGUCGGAGUGGGUGGCCUGGGUCAUCUCGCCAUCCAAUUCGCCGCGAAGAUGGGCUGUCAAGUGAUUGUGUUCUCGGGUUCCAACAGGUGA